ACAGUUAUUCAUCCUCUUUCCUCCUCCCAGAAGCCUUUAAAAUGUCAUCCAGAAGAAGAAAUAUCGUGUCACAAGAUGUGUCAAAGAUUAUCAGUAAAAAUCAAGGUGUAGUUUGUUAGGGUUUUAUAAGUGAGUGAUAAAUUCCUGUAAGAUGUGUCACACUCGGUGCGUUCACUGCUGACUAUGGAAGUGGAGACAGAGGCGUGGCGAGUGAAUUUGAACCCGAGGACAUGGCUGACGGGAAGACAUGCGAAAGGAGAUGGAGUGCCUGUUGAGAAGAGACCUGAACAGAUACCUACAAAAAAAAAAGUCUCAAUCAUACCACCUGCUGUGCAAGAGCCAGAGCUCAGAGAAGGCGCAGUACCGAAGGAUGGCAAAUCGAAGCGCGAACAGAAGAUAACCAUGUGCUUUCUCAAGAAGAAGAAGUUCCCUUGUCCGCUGAAGCCGGAGCCCGAGCCGUCCUUCAACUCGCUCUGCAACUCCUGCAACAACAACUGUUGCCGCGUCUGCGCCAUCAUCUGCAAGUAUGUGCAGGAUAUGGUGAGUUGUGUGUACUGCAUCGUGAACUGCACCUGCCCGCACACCAACUUCUGCCUGCUGCUGCGCCAGCUGGUGUCCGCGACGUGCGCGGUCUGCGCCGACUGCGUCUACAUCAUCCGUCACAUCCUCAAGUGUCUCGUUGGUGUUAAAGAAUAAACUCUCAUGUGUUGA